AGCAUGGCCUUCACCGGCAAGUAUGAGAUCGAGAGUGAGAAGAAUUAUGACCAGUUCAUGACGCGCAUCGGGCUCCCCACUGAGACUAUCGAAAAGGGCAGAAACUUGAAGACCAUCUCGGAGGUGCAGCAGGAUGGGCAGACCUUCACCUGGUCCCAGCACUACCCCGGGGGCCCCUCCAUUACCAACAAGUUCACCAUCGGCAAGGAGUCUGAGAUGGAGACCAUGGGGGGCAAGAAGUUCAAGGCCACUGUGCAGAUGGAGGGUGGGAAGCUGGUGGUGGACACCCCCAACUAUCACUAUUCCUCGGAGAUUGUGGGCAACAAGCUGGUGGAGCUCUCCACCGUCGGAGGCGUGACCUAUGAGCGCGUGAGCAAGAGGCUGGCCUGA